CAUCAAAUCGAAUCAUUCGAUUGAUUAUUUUGGUGUGAUUUUCUUUGAUUUAACAUUCUUCUCAUAUCACACCAAAGUCAUCCUUUCAGCGAUUGAAUGAUUCGCCACAAACAAAAUGAAACCAGAAAUCAAAUUCAUCCAAGUGAAUCAAGUUCCAAUCAAAAUCCUAGUCUACGAUGAUGAUGAUCAUGGUGGUGGGAAUGAAUUUGACUGCCAUACCAAAUUCAAUAAACAACGAUUAAUCAUGAUGAUAACAGGUAUGGUGAUCCAAAUGGAUGUUUCUGAUUUCAUUCUCAAUGAACAUUGUACAGGCAAUCCUGGUGAAAUUGAAUAUUAUACAGAUUUUCUAUCCACACUGUAUUCGGAGUUGAAAAUUCCUUUGAUUGGUAUAUCACAUGCCGGACAUAGUCGUAUGCCCGGUUGCUAUUCACGACCAUCGAUCAAUUCAGAGUUGUUUGGGUUACAAGCUCAAAUCUCACAUAAGGCUCAAUUCAUUCGUAAUCAUAUCGAUUCGACAACAAAAAUCAUUCUAAUUGGUCAUUCAAUAGGUUGUUACAUUAUACUGGAAUUAUUGGAUCGUUACCCCGAUAUUGCCCGUAUGGUAGAUCAUUGCAUUCUUCUUUAUCCCACUAUCGAUUCGAUUGCUGAUACAGAAUCUGGUCGUUGGAAUAAAAAGCUGAUAAAAUAUUUGAUAUAUCCAAUGUUGGCAGUGGCUUAUUUGUUCAAUUUUUUGCUCAACGACCGAACAAGAGAGCAAUUAUUUGGAGCAUAUCUGCGAUAUGGUGGAUAUGAUGGUUUAUCCGAAUCGUUCAUACGUUCGGCAACCAAUCUAUUGGAUCCUUAUUGCAUUCGAGCAAUCACAUUAAUGGCUUCGGAAGAAUUUGAUCAAGUUUUACAACCAAAAUUGCAUAUUAUCGAGGCAAAUGCAACCAAAUUAUCAAUGUUUUAUGGUGAAUCAGAUCCAUGGGUACCUCUCCAUUCUUAUCAUAAAAUUAAAGAUAAAAUUCCACCUGACAGUCAAUUAGACAUUCAGCUUUGUCUUGGACAAAUGCUGCAUGCAUUCAUGAUGCAACCAGAUUCAAUUGGUAAAAUUUCUCAAUUAACAUCCAAUGUUAUACGAAAUAAAUGGAAACUUUAAAAAAAUCAAAAAAUAACGUUGUCUGUGUACGGUGCCUUUUUUCCAAUAAAA